AUGCCGCGCCCAAAGAGGACCCGGGUCGCGUCAACGCGCGCAACCCGCAGCACCAAACAAGCCUCGCCCGAACCCGCGCCUCAGCAUGUGCCAGACGCCAACGUCGAGACUGUCGACGCAAGCGAAGGCGGAAAUACCGGGCACAGUCUACGCAGAGGAACACGACGUAGCUCCUCGCGAGCAGCUUCCAUGACCUCGGCUCAAGCAUCAGCACUGCUCGUGUCGCGAAAGAAGCGCGACUCGGCUAUGGACCGCCUGGAGAACAUGACGUCUACAUCUACUGGAAACACAAACACUGCCGACGACGAUGACGACGACAUUGACGACACUGAGAGCUCCAUCGAGCUGGAAAUGGGACGUCGCGGGGUCGCGGCAACGCCUGCACAUGGACGUUUGAACGAGGUCUCGGGCCUGGAUAUGGAUGACGACAUGUUUGACGACCUGAACACGACCUUUGACGACACAGCUCCCCCCGCGAGCGCCUUGAGAUCACACGACACCUCGACGCUGUCUAUCAGUCACUUCAAGCGUCGACCGCGUGCCGCCAGCUUCCUGAGCAGGGACGACGGACCUCUGCGACCAAGCAGUCGAGCCGGUCCCAACACCCCCGGCAUCAGCUCCACCUUCAACAUUGGUGUCUUCAAGAGGAGAGCGCGAGAGCCAAGUAUUCUCGGAACGGCGCAGAAGCCACGGGCAGAGAGACCUGUGCUGCAGAGCGAGACUGGCGACAAGUCGGACGAAGACCCCGAAGAGGAAGAGGAACAGGAACAGGAGCCGGCAGCAGGCGAUGAAUUCGAGCCAGAGGCCGAGGGCACGCCACUGCGGCGAUCCACCAGGCGAUCAGCAGCAGCUGAUGCCAACGACGAAGCUCUUCAGACUUCUAGUGUCAACCCACGGAAGCGCAAAUCCACGGACGCGCACCAGCAGAGACCAAGGUCGUCUCCCUACGUUGAGAACAACGGUGCUGCAGCAGAAGAGACUGAGGAAGAGGUCCUGUCAUCUUCGCCUUCGUUGCCGCGCGUACUGGACGCCCUUGACAGGCCCACGACGCCUUUCAAUGACGAGGGCAUUGCGCCCCCCGAGAGCAGUGGCUCUGAAAGCGAGGCCGAUGUCUGGCCGCCUCUGCAGUCGCUCGCCAAGGGUCGCUCGCGCCGGCCCGCGCCUGUGCUGCGCAGAACUCCCGUCCGCGACGACAGCGGCUCCGACAUGUCCUCACCGCCGUCCUUGACCUACUCGCCGAACUACGGUGAGCCGUCGUCGCCGCCUCAACGGGCAGCCAGGCAGACGCGCAGAGCCGCAUCCAAGUCCGAACCCAAAAUCACCACGGCGGAUCUGCAGGGACUGCUGCCCCGCCGCCGCUACAGGAGUGCUAGGAACGAUUCCGCAGAGGACUCGGAUGCCGAGGUCGACACGGCCGGUCUGGGGGAUGACGACGACGAGCUGUCCCACCUCGACGUCAGGACCCGUCGACGGCCAGCACGGCCGCUCUCGCGCGCCGCCACCGGCAACCAGAGCGCCACCCGAGGCCGGUCCACACAGCAGAAGGGCAAGACCCCAGCCUCGGCCAACCCGUCCCGGACCUACGGGCGCUCGUCGGACAAGGAGAACCUCGAUGACGAGGAGGCCGGCUCGGACGCGGGCACGGCUGCCGGCCCCGACGACGACGGCGCCUCCGAGAACAGCGAGGACAUGGUGGCACGGGUGGGUGAGGAGCUCAAGAACGCCGCACGAAAGUUUGCCGAGGUGGAUCGAUGGGAGCUCGAAUACGAGGAGGUGACGCAGAGCAGCUCGCCUCGGGACGCGAGGUAG